CAGACCUAACCAGUUGGCUAUGUGCGCUCCGUGCCAGCAGAACAUAUGCGGAACGGGUUUCGGCUGCGUUCAAUAAACUCAGACCCCCGAAAAGCAUUCGGUUCGGGAUAAUAAACCGAUUUUUGAGAACCAGCUGGUGACUAGCCGACUCUCGGACCCCCUCCCCAUAAAUGCCAGAGCCCACAGAUAUGAGCCUAUCACAACCCUGCGAACGCCGGUAAAGUUGGGGGCCGCCUAAAUCAGCUAUCAACAACAUGGAUUUCGAGGAGAUUCUGGCCAAGUGCGGCCACAGCAGUCGUUAUCAGUUUCUGCUGCUGGCGUUGUAUGGCUACCUCAUGGUCGUCGUAUCAAUGCACUACUUCUCGCAGAACGUCAUCAGUUUUGUGCCCGAUCACUGGUGCUAUCACGAGCAGCUGGAGAAUCGGAGCUUCGCCGAGAUCGAGGCGAUUUAUUCGCGAUUCGAGAUGCCCUCGUGCACGCGGCUGGAUAAGAUCGAUGAGGAUGGGCUGAAUCACACGUUGAGCACAGAGCGCUGCAAUCGGUGGUUCUACAAGUAUGACUUUGGAUACAAAAGUAUGAAUACGGAGCUGAACUGGGUCUGCGAUGAGGCCUACAAGGCACGUGUGGGCCAAUCGCUUUUCUUUGUGGGUUCGGUAUGCGGAACUCUAGUCUUUGGCCUGCUGGGAGAUCGGAUAGGACGUAUUAAGGCCUUGAUUUUGGCCAACUGGUGUGGCUUCCUGGGCGAUUUCUCGACCAUAUUUGCCAGCAGUCUGGUUUCAUUUUCAGUUAGUCGUUUUAUAUCUGGAUUAGCGGCCGAUGCCAAUUCUUAUCUCAUGUAUAUACUGAUUCUCGAAUAUGUAUCGCCUUCGUUGAGAAAUGUGGGUCUCAAUACGGUUUUGGGCAGCUUUUACUGUCUUGGCCUGAUCGGAGCCUCGUGGUUGGCCGUUUGGGUUGGCCACUGGCGCAUUUUCCUGGCCUGCUCCUCGGUUCCUCUACUGCUGGUUACUCUGUUCUACUUCCUCGUUCAGGAGAGCGCCCAGUGGCUGGUCACUCGCAACGAUAUUGAUGGAGCCAUCAGGCGUCUGCAGCGCGUUGCCAAGAUCAAUCGUCGCCAUGUGGCCGACGAUGAUUUCAGGACUUUUCGGAGCUACUGUGAGCAGCACUACCGCAAGGAGGCCAAAGAGGCGGAGAAAUGUGAGGUGAAGCUUCUGGACAUGCUGAAAACGCCGCGCAUGCGCAGGACGGCAUUCAAACUGCUGCUCAUUUUUAUUAUUAUCACACCGUGCUACAACACGAUCGCUCGGAACGUGGAAGGCCUGGGCAUAUCGCCCUUCAUCAUGUUCUCGCUGAACGCCUUGACCCUGCCCCCCUCGGGAUACCUGCAGGGCCUCCUCCAAGAUCGAAUCGGGCGCAAGGCCACCGCUGUCAGUUGGAUGGCCAUCACGGGAUUGUUUGCCGCUGCUGCUGGACUGGUGAUAUCGCAGGGAAGCAAUCGGAACGUGCUGCUACUGGUGGGUCUGACUUUGGCAGCCAGAUUUGGGGUUUCCAUCGCCGACGGAGCCAGUUCGCAGUUCUCCACGGAGCUAAUACCGACAAGCGUGCGUGGCAGGGGCGUGGCCGUGGUGCAUGUGGCCGGAUUUGCCGCCUCCUUCCUCUCACCCUACAUCCUGCACCUGGGCACGUACUUCAAGCCAGCCCCCUCGAUUAUUCUGGGGCUUCUUUUCCUAUCUGGAGCUUACGUGUGCCUGCUACUGCCAGAAACUCGCAAUAGGAAACUACCCAUGUCCCUGGCCGAAGGAGAGGAGUUCGGCCGAGGGGAGGGCAUAUUUGAUUUCAUUACCAAUAUGAGAAAGGGAGACAGAUCGGAAGUCGAAGUCGAGAUGAGUACCAAGGCUUUGGAAGAGGACACACUGAUGACUAAAGUUGUUCAGCCAUAGGAAAGCCCUGGUUUGGGCUAUCAUCAUGUUGUAAUUCAUUGCACUAGCCACAAAUUGUAUUCUAUUUAUAUUUUGGUAUCUUAAAUUAUAUUGCCUGACAACAAGAUUUUAUUUAUGUUAAUAAUUUACUUUAAUUAAUUCGACUUUUAAUACAAUAGAUACCAGAUAAAGGAAAGAAUUGCCAUCC